AUGAAGCCCCUCGGGCCCCAAGACUCUGAACCUGAGUCUGGUCUAACUGGAACCGAAGCAGCUGAAGCACAGUCGCCAGGACUUCGGGCUACUGCUACUGCGGCUACUGCCAAUGCUAAUGCUGCUUCCGUUCCACGAAGGCUUCCUGUCAAUCCCCGCCGAUACAAGGUUGCUCCCGAACACCGCAAGCGUGUCGCUACAGCGUGCAAUGCUUGCAACGUGAGAAGAGUCAGGUGCUCUGGUGAGCACCCGUGUCGACAAUGUCAAUCCUCUUCACGCGACUGUGUAUAUCCUCUUCCUGUUGAGAAGGUGUCCGUUACACGCUCAGAGCUUCAAGAGCUAAAACGCAAGGUUGAUCUCUAUGAGCGGGUGCUUCGGGAUACUGUACCUGCAGCUAUAUCCAACGCGGUUCCCGAUGCUAACAGCCGCCAAGAGCUAUCCGCAUUGCUUGGUUGGACAGUAUCUGGUUCUGGCCAUAGUGUUGGGCAUGGUGUUGGGCCAACAGUUCCUACACAUACAAUACCAACCAUAGAUGGCCACACACAUAUCGCCAGGGGUACACAUGAGCUUCCUCAGUAUCAAUAUCCCAGCGUUCAUCGACAGUUCCAGCAAAUCUCACAGUCUCAAUCUCAGUCUCAAAUUCAAUUUCCAGAUGCGCGGGUCCAAGAACUCAACCUUGGGCUACCGCGAUCACAUCUUCCCCAACCAGCACAUUCCAUACCGACUCAGAACCAGAGGCAAGAUGAAGACGACAACUUAACAGCUACUGAAGGUCGUCUGCUACAUGAUCCUGACGGCUAUGCGCGCUUCCUCGGCGAGACGAGUGGUGCAACUUUUCUUGACUACUUGAAAGAGUUCAUGACAACUGUUCUACCUCUUGCGUACCAGAAUCUUCGUCCAGGCUCCGACGGCAGUGCGUUCUUGUCAAGUCUUGGUCGAUAUCAGACCUACGACUCUCGUCCUUUGCACGAUCGUGAUGUCGACCCUGCAUGGUUCCCUACUCACCCAGAGAUGGAUUCUAUGCUAUCCGAGCUGCGAUACUUUAUUCAAGAUGGUAACGGAAACUGGCCAAGUGGCGGUAUCUACUGGUGGGGAAAUCUCUCAGUGACACCUGUGAUCCCUUCACUAGAACGGGAUCCGCCAGUCACCCGGUUGAAAAAGUGCCGUCCUUUCGCUCUGUACCAGACCGCAUUCGCUGUGGUCUCCCAAGCUAUAAUCAUGCCACCCCAGGAUAUAUCGAUAGAUUCUCAUCUCAGCGAGAGUUACUUCAGCAGGGCCCGUAUACUCUUGGGGAAUCCUCUUGAUAUCACACGUUUUACACCUAAUGAAGUUGCAGCGCUGACUCUGAUGGGAUUCUACUUGAUUGAGAUGAAUCGCCGCGAUGCUGCCUACAUGUGUGUGAGCACAGCCAUGCAUAUCAGCAUCAUGCACGGCUCUCACAGGGGCUGGUUAGAUGAGAGUGGCAAGCGAGUCUUUUGGACGUUACCCCCAACCAUCAUGGAUGACGCCAUCCGUUUAGAACCCCCUCGCGACGCUCCAUCUAUGCCCCCGGCCGAUGGUCUCAAGGCGCACGUCGAGCUUUCACGAAUCUCAAGUCACAUCGUGUGUAACACGUAUCGCAUAUCCCCUUCAGAAGAUGUUGCAAGACCUGUAAAAAGUCUUGAAGGAGAAAUUAAAAUGCUUGACACCUGGAGUCUAAAUCUGCCGCCGACCUUGCGACUCUCGAGCAACGGACUGAGCGAUGACCCAGCCACCUGCCUGUUGCACAUGCACUACAACCAGCUCAUUAUCCUGACUAUUCGCCCGGUUUUCUUCGCUCUGGUCAAAAAAUCAUUUGCAGAAAAGCUUGUCUCUCGCCAAUGCUCAUUAAGAACACACCCCCAGCUUCCUCACCUCAAGCGGUGCAUUGCCUCGGCAGAGCACAACAUUCGCCUUGCACGCCAGAUCCUGAUUGUCAACCGCCCUCGAAAACUGCUUCAAGCUGGCCUUCACUUCAUAUUCAACGCUGCUAUUGUGUUGAUGCUACAACAGCUAGUCGAAGAUCUGUGUCCGUCAUCCAGAACCGAAAAGGCUCGAUCACUCGAUCUUGACUUUGUGAUCGGCAGGUUCGAGGAUGAGAGCCGCGUGGGUAGCAACUAUGGGCGAGACUGCGCCACGGUUCUUAGAGACCUCCGUGUUCUUGUGCAGAGACUCCCCAUACCUGUUGAUAUCAGUUCUGCGACACGCUCUAUCAACAUGAGUCAAGCUUCGACAACCUACGAUCCAAUUGCAAACCGAACAACAGUAGACAUGGGGCAAUCAUGGCCGGACAAGUUGACUUCAGAGGCACUGCAGCAACCGAUUCUUGUUGAUCAAGGUCAUAUGCUAUAUAAUGAGUUGGUGUCGUGGAUAGAUGUUGAUUGGCAGUCCUACAAUGGGUAUCUCAUUUAG